UAUUAUCCUGUGUUUCCCCGAAUUCUUUUUUUAGCAUAUGACGUCUUUUACUGUGAAAGUCCAGUUUGGCCUAAAAUAGACAGUAGCCGCAAAUUUUGUGCCGAGGAAUCGGACUUUACGAUGAGUGCAUCAAAAGAUUUCAGUCUGGAGGAGCUUGGAAACCUAAGUAGCCUUGAGCUACAACAGUUAAUCAAUAGUGGUGAACUAGAUGUGUCCCCUUUACUUAAUCUAGACCCUCAGCAGCCCAACCUGACAACCAACAACGUCAGCCAAGGACAUGCUGCACAACAGCUUCUACAGGGAUUUAUGUCUGCUGAACAAAGUCCUGGUACAUCUACAAAUAGGACCGUGACCAGAGGACCUACAGGACGGGCCCAGACUACUCCUGAUGGCAUUUAUACAGAAAUUGUAGAACAACCAAAACAGCGAGGGCUGAGGUUCCGUUAUGAAUGUGAGGGAAGAUCUGCUGGCAGUAUUCCUGGCGAGAAAAGUACUCAAGAUAGGAAGUCAUUUCCAACUAUUAAAAUUCAUCAAUACCAGGGAGUUGCUGUGAUAGUGGUAUCCUGUGUAACAAAAGAUCACCCUUAUGAACCCCAUCCACAUAACCUAGUAGGGAAAGACUGUAAGAGGGGUGUCUGUACACUCAAGGUCAAGGACACAAAUGUAAUAAGCUUCCCACAUCUUGGAAUUCAGUGUGCAAAGAAGAAAGAUGUAAUGGACAACUUAAAGCAAAGAAAGGAAAUUAAUGUUGAUCCCUUUCAAAGUGGAUUUAAACAUAUGCAGAAGGCCAAUAAUAUUGACCUGAAUGUUGUUAGAUUGUGCUUCCAAGUUUUUCUUCCUGACGAGAAUGGAAAAAUUACAAGAAUAGUUCCCCCGGUGGUGUCACAUCCAAUACAUGAUAAAAAAUCAUUGAACGAGUUAGUAAUUUGUCGAGUGGACAAGUCGUCUGGUAGAGCAAAAGGUGGUGAUGAAGUCUUUCUUCUUUGUGAAAAAAUCAAUAAAGAUGAUGUUAGAAUAAGAUUUUACCAGGAGAAUGAUAAUGGAGAUGUGGUAUGGGAAGAUUCUGGUGAUUUUAGUGCUAAUGAUAUUCAUCGACAGUAUGCAAUUGUUUUUAAAACCCCGCCAUACAAAGACCAGUACAUUACACGACCUGAACAAGUUAAAAUGCAGUUACAACGAUUAAAUGACCCUGCAGAAACAAGUGAUCCAAUACCAUUUAUUUACAUGCCAGAAGAUCCAGAUCCAGAUAGGAUAUUUGAGAAGAGAAAGAGGAAAGCAGAUCAGCUGAGGUCACUGGGACUGUUAGAUAACCCUUCACCAGAUGAUAUCAAACAGAGGCUGAAAAUCAAAGCUACAAAAUCUCGCAUCAAGCAAGAAAAAAUCGAUACACCAACAGUGGUAGAUGAGAUCCCAUUCAGUAACCUUGGAGCUUCAAGCCAGUUUACAACAAAUACCUCUUCCGUCCGCACUUCUGACAACACUGGCAUUGGAAAUAUGACAAUAAAUGUAGAUAGUUUAAAAGCUCAGUUAGCCAGUUUGCCAGAAACUUUACAGAACCAGUUGUUACAGCGACUUGCCAUGCAAAAACUACAACAGGAGAUGCAGAUGCAGCAAACAUCCCAAUCCAGCCAAGGUUUCGAUUUAGCGGCAGCUUCUUCAUCUGGUCUCGUAAACGCUGGAUUAUUAAAUGAUAUUCAGAUGCAGCCGGCUAAUACUGAACAGAACACUAUGAAUAUGAUACAGCAAUAUUUAGGUGAUCAAGGAACGAGCGUUUCUUUCGAAAGUUUAGAAUUAUCGGGAAAUCUAAUGAAUGUUGAGUUUGAUCCGAAUAUAGGGGCAAUGGAGAGUGUAGCAAGUGAUGAGAGACAAAUAGACGAAGCCAAUUUGGCUAUUCAUGCUUUAAAUCAGUCGUGAAUUUUGGCAUUGGCAUAUUGUUUGGUGCUCAAAAUCCCUAAAUUCCGACCAGAAAGUUAGUUACUUGAUUUGGCUAGCGUCGGUUAUUUGAAGAAUGGUAUAUUUUGUAUGAAAUAUUCUAUUUUUGGAAAGAAAAUGAAAAGUUUGAAAGAUGGAAAGAUUGAAGGGAAAAAAACGAAAAGAGAACACAUAAAUUGUGUUAGUUGCUUGUGCUGUUCUGUUCAUAACCACAAAAAAAUGGCAGCUUGUUAAUUGUGUUUUGUUUAUGUUUUUGUUAUUUUCUUAUAUUUUUGUUGAAUCUCUGUUUAUAUGAUUUUAGCUGCUGAAGUGACAACCAUUUCUAAUGUCAUUACAAUAUUGUUAUUGCUUUGAUAACAUAAAUGUUUAAAGGAAGUCUUUUUCGGAAAUAAAUAUCUGUUUGUAAAAUGUGACAAAUUGGGUCCUGGGAUAUUUCUUAGGUUUUUUCGUUUUGUGGAUAGUUAUUUUAUUAUCAGUAUUUUCUAGAUAUAUAUAUUUUUUUUCUUUUAAAGAAAAGUUUGAGUCAUAAAUACCAUUAUCUUGUUUGAAUGUAUAAUGACAAAUAUCAGUCUAAAAAUUAGGGGGAACUUCUAAUGGUGGGCAGAUACAGUAAUAAACAACAUAUAUUUUUCUGUCCGGAUUGCAUACUUGGCAUUCCAGGACCUGACCUUUUGUUUGGAUUAAAUACACAAGCCAUAUAUCUGGUCCUAAUCAAAUUCCUAGGUUGUAUUUCAUGCCAUAAAAUCUUUUAACAUUGUUUACAUGUUUACUAACUUCUGGAAAUUCCCUAACAAAAACCCCAUUGUUAGUUAUACACCCACAUCCUGUAAAAACGAAAGUAGGUUACACCCACACCUUUUAAAAGUGAAAAUAGCUUACAGGUUAUUAAUAAUUUUAUAGAAAACAGGAAGUAUAUUUAUAGGACAUGGUUUCCAGGAAGUAGUGAUAAAUUUGGUAUUCAAAUACAUUCCAAGAACUAAUUUAGUCAGCAGUUAAAUAUAAUUAAAACAAUUGUUUUAUUAUUGAUAACAGAUAAGGGAGCUGAUAUUUCAUUUUUAGAAGGGGUUGUGCAUGGAAGGAAAUAAAUCUUAGAAAAAAAAAAAAAGAAAAAAAAAAGUGUAAUCAAGGGCACUGAAAAUGAAAAAAAAAGCCAGAGAGUAUAUGCUUAUAUGAAAUAUAAAAUGAUGAAGAAAAAAAACGUAAAAAAAAACCUCCAGAAAUAUAUGAAAAAAUUAAAACCCAACUGAUUAAAUAAACCACUUCCAAGCCUCCCCCUAAAAAUCCAAUGGUUGUUCCCAAAAAAUGUUUGAUUCUAUGCAUGGUGUGACAAACCAUCUCUAUGAUAGGGGAUAGUGAAAGUGCUAUUAUAUUUUUGUUCUUCUAGGAUGCAAAGCUCUUAAUGUAAUAUAUUAAUUUUGAUUUUAAAAUAUGUUGUAAAUAUUAAAGUAAUGAUUUUUGAUACACAAAAGAUAAAUCUACAAUCAUAAUGUCAUAAUAUCAUAUAUAACUCAUUAAAAUAGUGAUAAUCAUUUA